CCUCUUUGCAGAAGCGGCUUGUGGGUUUCUCACACGGCUGCUUGAAGGGCUGAAGGGGGAUCUGGAAGCAACGAAAAAACACCCUUGAUGUCUUCUCCAGCAUUUCUUCCCUGUGGUGAAGGGAAACGAGCCGCCAUGCAGCCAGCUCAGAGUCCCGUGUCCUUUGAAGAGGUGGCUGUGCGUUUCACCCAGGAGGAGUGGACCCUGCUGCGCCCAGCCCAGAGAGCUCUCUACAAGGAAGUCAUGCUGGAGAAUUUUGGCAACGUGGCGUCUCUGGAACCUCUGAUUGCCAAACCUGACCUCAUCUCCUGGCUGGAAGAGGAGCAAGCGUUGUUUCUCCUGAUCUCUAAUGAAGAAGAGGAAUUGGCAGUGGGAGAGAGAUGGGAGUCAGUGAAAGAAAUGGAAAAGCAUGAGGUGAUGAAGACAGAAGAAAGCGUUCCAGAUGUAAAAGAGAAAACUGGAUUUUACAAAGGAGUGCAGAAGGAGGAAGGAGAGCAUCCGCAUACAGGAAAAAAUCCUUGCAGUCUUUUACAGGGCGAUAAAAUUCCACUACAAAACAUAUGCAAAGCAGAAAGCAGAAGUGAGUGUGCUGCAAGUGAAAAAAUAACUUCUGAAAAAUCCGAUAUGAAUAUGCCUUUGAAAACCCACAAAGGAAAGAAAAAGUGUAAAUGGCUGGACUGUGGAAAAACUUUCAGUCACAGUGGACACCUUAAUAUCCAUCAAAGAAUUCACACAGGGGAGAAGCCAUAUAAAUGCCCAGAGUGUGGAAAAAAUUUUGGACGGAAAUAUAACUUAACAUCCCAUCAAAGAAUUCACAGAGGGGAGAAACCACAUAAAUGCCUGGAGUGUGGGAAAAGCUUCAGGGAGAAACGGAAACUUACAGUUCAUCAAAGAAUUCACACAGGGGAGAAACCAUAUAAAUGCCCAGAGUGUGGAAAAUCUUUCAUUCACAGUGGAGACCUAACUGUCCAUCAAAGAAUUCACACAGGGGAGAAACCAUAUAAAUGCCCAGAGUGUGGAAAAAACUUUGGACGGAAAAAUAGCUUAACAUCCCAUCAAAGAAUUCACAGAGGUGAGAAACCACAUAAAUGCUUGGAGUGUGGGAAAAGCUUCAGUGAGAGAGGAAAAUGUACUGUCCAUCAAAGAAUUCACACAGGGGAGAAACCCUAUAAAUGCCUGGACUGUGAUAAAAGCUUCAGUGAGAGAGGAAAGCUUACAGUCCAUCAAAGAAUUCACACAGGGGAGAAAAGAUAUAAAUGCCCAGAGUGUGGAAAAUCUUUCAUUCACAGUGGAGACCUAACUGUCCAUCAAAGAAUUCACACAGGGGAGAAACCAUAUAAAUGCUUAGAGUGUGGAAAAAAUUUUGGGCGGAAAUAUAACUUAACAUCUCAUCAAAGAAUUCACAGAGGGGAGAAACCACAUAAAUGCCUGGAAUGUGGAAAAAGUUUCAGUCACAACGGUAACCUCACUUCACAUCAAAAAAUUCACACAGGAGAGAAACCGUAUAAGUGCCUGGAGUGUGGAAAAAACUUCAGUGCGAGAGGAAAACUUACUGUCCAUCAAAGAAUUCACACAGGGGAGAAACCAUAUAAAUGCCUGGAGUGUGGAAAAAGCUUCAGUAAGAGCGAAAACCUUACCCGCCACUACAGAAUUCACACAGGGGAGAAACCAUAUAAAUGCCUGGAGUGUGGGAAAAGGUUCAAUGAGAGAGGAAAACAUACUGUCCAUCAAAGAAUUCACUCAGGGGAGAAGCCAUAUAAAUACCUGGAGUGUGGGAAAAAACUUUGGGAGGAAAUAUACCCAUACUACCCAUCAAAGAAUUCACACAGGGAAGAAACAGAAUUCACGUGGGAAUUACCACAUAAAUGCCUGGAGUGUGGAAAGAGCAUCAGUGAGACUGACAGUCUUAUUGUCCAUCAAACAAUUCACAAAGUGGAGAAACUAUAUAAAUGCCUGGAGUGUGGAAAAAGCUUCGGUGGAAAGAGCAACCCCACUUGCGUGCCUGGAGAUCAGAAGCAGUUGGCAUCAGACGACGCUGGGUGUGCUCAACGUUGCCUCCUGAAAUCCCAGAAAGCAGAGGAGAUUCGGAGAGAUCCCCGGCAGGGAAUGGGCCACAGCAGAAAGUCACCUUUGACAUCUUCGCCAUCGUCUCCUCCACGUGGUGAAAUGAAAAGAGCCGCCAUGCAGCCCACUCAGAGUCCCGUGUCCUUUGAAGAGGUGGCUGUGCAUUUCACCCAGGAGGAGUGGACCCUGCUGCGCCCAGCCCAGAGGGCUCUCUACAAGGAAGUCAUGCUGGAGAAUUUUGGGAACGUGGCCUCUCUGGCACCUCAGAUUGCAAAACCUGACCUCAUAUCCUGGCUGGAAAAGGAGCAGGAGUUGUUUCUCCUGAGCGCUAAUGAAGAGGAGGGAUUGGCAGUGGGAGAGACAUGGAAGUCAGUGAAAGAAAUGGAAAAGCAUGAGGUGAUGGAGAAAGAAGAUACAUUUCCAGGUGUGAAAGAGAAGGCUGGAUGUUAUGAAGGAGUGCAGAGGGAGGAAAGACACCACCGGCAUACAGGAAGAAAUACUUGCUGUCUUUUACGGGGUGAUGACAUUCCACUGCUUCAAAAAAGAUGCAAAGCAGAAAGCAGAAAUGAGCGCAGUAGAAGUGAAAAAAGAACCUCUGAAAAUCCCCAUAUUAAUAUGCUUUUGAAAACCGAGAAUGGAGAGAGAAUGUGUAAAUGGCCAGAGUGCCGAAAAACCUUCAGUCACGUUGGACACCUUAAUAUCCAUCAAAGAGUUCAUCUAGAGGAGAAGCCAUAUAAAUGCCCAGAGUGCGGGAAAAGGUUUGGACAGAAAGAUCAUUUAACAUCCCAUCAAAGAAUUCACACAGGGGAGAAACCCUAUAAAUGCCUGGUGUGUGGGAAGAGCUUCAGUGAGAUCAGAAAACUUACAGUCCAUCAGAGAAUUCACACAGGGGAGAAACCAUAUAAAUAUCUAGAUUGUGGGGAAAGCUUUGCACAGAAACAUAUCUUAGUGUUCCAUCAACUAAUUCACAUAGGGGAGAAAACAUAUAAAUGCCUGGGUUGUGGAAAAAUUGUUAGUCACACUGAAGACCUCACUAUCCAUCAAAGAAUUCACACAAGGGAGAAGCCAUAUAGAUGCCUAGAGUGUGGGGAAAGCUUUGGGAGUAAAGCUAAUCUAACAUCUCAUCAAAGAUUGCACACAGAGGAGAAACCAUAUACAUGCCUAGAGUGUGGAAAAACCUUUAGAUAUAACGCUAAACUAACAUCCCAUCAAAGAAUGCACACAGGGGAGAAACCAUAUAAAUGUAUAGAGUGUGGAAAAAACUUUGGAUGGAAAGCUAACCUAACAUCCCAUCAAAGAAUGCACACAGGAGAAAAACCAUAUAAAUGCUCCGUGUGUGCGAAAAGUUUUGCGUGGAAAGAUAAGCUAACUUCCCAUCAAAGAAUGCACACAGGAGAAAAACCAUAUAAAUGCUCCGUGUGUGCAAAAAGUUUUGCGUGGAAAGAUAACCUAACUUCCCAUCAAACAAUUCACAAUGGGGAGAAACCACAUAAAUGCCUAGAGUGUGGAAAAGCGUUCAGGCAGAAGGGAAAUCUUACUGUCCAUCAAAGAAUUCACACAAGGGAGAAGCCAUAUAAAUGCUUGGAGUGUGGAAAAAGCUUCCGUGAGAGAGGAAAACUUACUGUCCAUCAAAGAAUUCACUCGGGGGAGAAGCCAUAUAAAACCUGGAGUGUGGGAAAAAAUUUUGGGAGGAAAUAUACCCAUACUACCCAUCAAAGAAUUCACACAGGGAAGAAACUAUAUAAAUGCCUGGAGGGUGGGAAAAGCCUUGAGGGUGGGAAAAUGCCUGGAGGGUGGGAAAAGCCUAGUGUUCCAUCAACUAAUUCACAUAUGGGAGAAAAGCUAUCAACACCUGGAGCAUGGAAAAACUUUCAGUCACAGUGGAGACCUUACUCUCCAUCAAAGGAUUCACACAUGGGAGAAGCCAUAUAAAUGCCUACAGUGUGGAAAAGGCUUUGGAUGGAAAGCUAGCCUAAUAUCCCACCAGAGAAUUCACGUGGGAAUUACCACAUAAAUGCCUGGAGUGUGGAAAGAGCAUAAGUGAGACUGACAGUCUUAUUGUACAUCAAACAAUUCACAAAGUGGGGAAAGUAUAUAAAUGCCUGGAGUGUGGAAAAAGCUUCGGGUGAAAAGAUAGCUUAGUGUUCCAUCAACGAAUUCACAUGAGAGAAAAGAUAUAAAUGCCUGGAGUGUGGAAAACAUUUCAGUAACAGUGGACACCAUACUUCCCAUCGAAGAAUUCACAUGGGGAGAAAAACAAAUACCUAGAUUGUGAAAAAUGCUGGUCAAAGUGGACGCCUUGCUUUCCAUCAAAUAAAUAUAAUACCAAUUAAA